GGAACUCUGCACAACUUGUCACAACCGUGUGAGCCUGGAGGGAUAGACUGCAAUUAAUAUAUCAUCUCCUAUUAAAACCUACCCUGCACCUGAAGGCGUUUUCUCUCUUUUGAAACGAACGAAUCGAAAACGCAGGAACCCCACAAGAAAAUCCCCUCUUUUCUGCGCGCCGCCGAGGGAGGAGGGGAAUCAGGCGAAAAUGGCUCUCGGGACUGAAAACCGAAAGCUACUUUCGCAAUCACGUGACGCCGCGGAGAAGGCGAAGAGGCUCCGUUUUGCGGCUCGCCGGAGAGGAAGAACUAGUCUGGACGGGGGUCUCGGAACAAAAGCGAUCCUGACAGUUUCCCGCAUGGGUACUCAAAGACCUCUCAUCGUGCCCUGGCUAAUGGAACAGUUGGACGCCCGGCGGUACCCGGGGCUGUCAUGGCUGAACCCAGAACGGACCCUGUUCCGAGUGCCGUGGAAACAUGGCUCACGGCAGAAUAUUUGCGACGAGGAUUUCCAGCUUUUUGAGGACUGGGCCAUUGCCAGAGGCCGCCAUCGCCCAGGCAUUGACCAACGGACGCCCUCCGAGUGGAAAAGGAACUUCCGCUCAGCCCUGAACCGGAAGGAGGGGAUCCGCAUGUUUCAGGAUAACAGCACAGACUCCGAAGACCCCCACAAGGUGUUUGAAAUCCUGCAUGCCCCAAAUCUGAAUGACUCUGCCCAGGGGGCAGCAGUCGGUGAUGUUUCGCCCACCCUGUCUGGGAGCACGGGACUGUGCGGAGACAGUUCUUCCCCUUCUCAGGGCGAUACCCUGGAGAGCAUGCUGAGUUCCCUGGAAUAUUGCAGCCCCACAGAAGCUGUCCCGAGCCUGUGCUCCAUGUAUCAGAUGGGAUGUAGAGAAGAAAGUUGUGAGAGUGCUGCUGGAGCAGAGAAUCUAGCUUGCAGUGGAGGCCUGCCCCCAUUCAGCUUGGAUACGAAUCUACCUGUAAUCGCAGAGCCACAGCUGGAUCAGAUACUGGGAGCCGAUACGUUUGGAGCAGAGAAUCCUGCUUUCUGUGGAGGCCUGCCCUCAUCCGAGUUGAAUCUAGUUCCACCCACAACUGCAGCAUCUCCCCUACAGAACCUCUUGAGUAGCGCUACUUUCGAGUCAGAUUUCGAGGUCCGAGUCUACUAUCGGGGUCGGCUGGUCCUCGCCGACGUGUUCAAGAACGUGCGAGGCCUGUGCUUUGUGCCUCCAGGCUCCCAGGGCCACUACCCCGAUUUGGCAGACGUGGUCCUGCCUGACCCAGUCUGCUUGAACGACAGCCUGCAAGUGACCUACACUCAGCGCCUUCUGCGAGGCGUGGCUCCGGGAGUGGUUCUCCGUAUCGAGGGCAUAACUCUGUGUGGCAUGCGCCAAGGCCAUUGCCAUGUGUCCUGGAGCCAGUCAGAGAUGCCUGAAGACAAGACGCCUCAUGGGGCUCUACUGAAGGAACAGCUGGGUCCCAUUUACAGCCUGCAGCAGUUUGUGCAAGACCUGGUUGGAUAUAUGGAAGGCAGUCAGGGAUCCCCUAAGUACACCUUGUGGUUAUGCUUUGGGGAAGAUUGGCCAGACACCCGCCGGCCCUGGAAGAAAAAACUGCUCAUGGUGGAAGUCAUCCCUAAGACACUGGAAGCUCUCUACGAGUUGAGCCAGUCCAGCGGGGCCUCAUCAUUAAAUGGAGCAGAGCCGGACCUAAGGAUAUCGGAUUCGCUGCAAGGAUCCUUUCUGGGCCAACUGAGAGAAUGGCAAGAGAAGAUGGAGGUGCAGUUUAAUUAGCUGCACAAAACUUUUAUCCCCCUUCUUUCAGAGAUAGCUGCAGAUUUGGGUCCUCUUCCUCAGUCAGCUUUCGUUGUUUCUCUUACGCAGCAGAAUCGACACUCCUCUUUGCCAGUCCUGAGAAAGAGGCAUUCCGGCAGCCCCUUUGGUGGAGAUGGUCACUGCUCACUUGCACAAACCUUCCACUGAGACAGCUGGCAGCCGCUGUCGGUUUCUAUUAGCAUCCCUGCAUGCAGAGGAUAUUCAAGAGUUUUUUGGGGGGGUUCGUUUGGUUUUUUUUGCUUCAUCCGUUCUUGUUCAUAUCGUUCGUUGGUUUCAUCGUAGGCGUCACGACCACAAUCAGCAGCUGAACAUGGCGAAAACACGCCUCUUUAACCAGGUCUUUGGCUGUUAAACACUCUCUGGCUUUUAAAAUGUGACGGUUUUUUCCUUUAUUAUUAUGUUAUGCACUUUGUGUUUUUAUGUUGUAAACCGCCCUGUGAUCUUUAGGUGAAAGCUGGUAUAUAAAUUUAAGAAAUAAUAAUAAUGGCAAAAACUAGAUUUAUCAUCUCUUGAGUGUCCCAAUUAUGCUUAAGAUUUAAUGUUACUUUUUACUGCUUCUUGUCUGCAAUCCUAGUGUGUGUUUUUAUCUCACUUUUUAAUCCACAGUAAUUCUGAUGCAGGCUUGCUGUUUUUCUUAAAAAUCAUUAGAUGCACCCAGUCCUUUCUUUUGAUGGUGCUAAGAUGGUAGCAAGUUUUUGCCAAUUCUCACCCUGUUUGCCCUAAUAUAACUCCAGUCUCCUGCCUUUUUCCUUAUUUCAGUCCUCAGCUCUGCUAAUCAUCUUGUUAUCUAUAAACUUAUUUUAAAGUCUCCUCCCUCCUCUUGACAUUAUUCCUUUCUCUCCAUUUCUCCUUACAUGAUUUCAUUGGUUAUGCACUCCUUAUUCCACUCAUUGAUCUGAGUACUUUUAGUAGAACAAGAUUUAAUUAAAAAUAUCAUCUUCUGGUUA